AUGGAACAAGAAAAUUAUUUAGUAACAUUGGUGAAAAACAUUGUGGGAACUGUAGUUAAAGAGGUUGUACAGAACCUAAGAAUGUUUCAAAGGAAACAACAAAAGCAUAGAUCAUGUUUGUGUUAUGUGUAUCAGCGAAAAGGGCACUUGGCUUAUUUGUAUCCGUCUAUAAAAGAUCAAAGUCAUGAUCGAAGUUUAAAUCAUAAUGUAAUAGACGUUCGCCAUGUAGAAGUUGGAAGAAAGAAGCAUGAAGGAUUGAAACAUA